UUGUUUGUCGAUUCAGACAACCUGUAGGUCGAUGAACGCAAAGACUGGCCAAGAAUAAAUGCCACUUUUAUUGCCUUGCCGAUAAGGAUAGUGUGAUAUCUUAUAUACAAAAUAUAUAUCAUAUAUCAAACAAAGAGACUUGGUUCUUUUGGGUCUCCUUGUUUUCUUUUUCCGUGUAUUUUCAUACGUUAAAUUAUUGUGAGAAUUGUAGUGGAGAGUUCGGGUGAUCUGAAAGAAGAUUAGAGAUGGGUAUUGUGAGUACUAUAAUGGGUUUUUGUGGAUUUGGAGUCGGAAUCUCAAUUGGGCUUGUAAUUGGGUAUUUUAUGUUCAUCUACUUCCAACCCACUGAUGUCAAGGAUCCUGUAAUUAUUCCUUUGGCUGAACAAGACGCAAAAACCUUGCUGCGGUUGCUUCCAGAGAUACCUCCUUGGGUGAAGAAUCCAGAUUAUGACCGUAUCGACUGGCUUAACAAAUUUAUUGAAACUAUGUGGCCUUACUUGGACAAGGCAAUUUGCAAGACUGCAAAGACUAUAGCAGAGCCCAUUAUUGCUGAGCAGAUCCCAAAAUACAAAAUUGAUUCAGUUGAUUUUGCAGCACUUACCUUGGGCAGCCUACCACCGACUUUUCAAGGAAUGAAAGUCUAUAUUACUGAGGAGAAGGAAUUGAUUAUGGAACCAUCUGUGAAGUGGGCAGGCAAUCCAAAUAUCACAAUUGCAGUUAAGGCAUUUGGGUUGAGAGCCACUGUUCAGGUAGUUGAUUUGCAAGUAUUUGCUUCGCCGCGUAUCACCUUAAAGCCAUUGGUUCCAAGCUUUCCUUGUUUUGCCAAAAUAUUAGUCUCUCUCAUGGAGAAGCCUCAUGUUGACUUUGGACUAAAACUGCUAGGGGCGGAUGCUAUGUCCAUUCCGGGAUUGUAUAGGUUUGUCCAGGAGCUUAUUAAAGACCAGAUUGCAAAUAUGUAUUUGUGGCCCAAAACCCUUGAGGUACCAAUAAUGGAUCCUGCAAAGGCCAUGAAAAGACCUGUUGGGAUUCUCCAUGUGAAGGUUCUGAGGGCAAUAAAGCUAAAAAAGAAAGAUUUUAUGGGGAAGGCAGACCCUUAUGUGAAACUAAAACUUUCUGAUGAUAAGCUUCCAUCGAAGAAAACAACUGUGAAGCACGAAAACCUGAAUCCUGAAUGGAACGAGGAAUUUAAUAUUGUUGUUAAAGAUCCAGAAUCUCAAGCUUUGGAUGUUGUCGUUUAUGACUGGGAAAAGGUUGGCAAGCAUGAGAAGAUGGGCCUGAAUGUCCUACCACUGAAAGAGCUUACACCUGAUGAGCCAAAAGAGGUGACUCUUGAUCUGCGAAAAAGCCUUGAUCCAAAUGAUGUUCAAAACGAAAAGCCGCGUGGGCAGAUAGUUCUUGAAGCAAUGUACAAACCUUUUAAGGAAGAUGAAAUGCCAAAGGAUAUUGAAGAUUCAAAUGAGGUACAAAAGGCUCCUGAAGGAACACCUGCUGGUGGAGGUUUGCUUGUGGUUAUUGUCCAUGAAGCUCAAGAUCUUGAAGGAAAGCAGCACCAUGUAAAUCCAUUUGUGCGUUUACUUUUCAACGGAGAGGAGAGAAAAACUAAGCCUGUAAAGAAAAACAAAGAUCCCAGAUGGGAUGAGGAGUUUACGUUUAUGCUGGAUAAACCACCCACGAAUGAUAGGAUUCGUGUGGAAGUGGUCAGUUCCUCGUCAAGGAUGAAUCUACUGCAUCCCAAGGAACCUCUGGGUUAUGUAGAUAUAAACCUCUCGGACGUUGUCAGCAACAAGAGAAUCAAUCAGAGGUACCACCUCAUUGACUCGAAAAAUGGUCGGGUUCAGAUCGAGAUGCAAUGGAGAACCUCAUCUUGAGGACGUUUGUUUGCUUUUUUCUUUUCGGAUUCUGGCUGUUAUGGGAGUCUGAGAUUUCACUGGGUUUUUAGUUUCAUAGUAUGCACGUAAUUUGUUUGUUUUUGUAUUUAAAUAGUUUUUUUUUUUUUUUUUUAUAUAUUAUAUUAUAUAUAUAUAUGCUGGGCAGAGAUUUGUUGUUUCUA